AUGACAGGUGACGGAAGCGGCGGAACCGGCGAAUCUGCACCCGCGGAGCAUACAUCCCCACCGAUAGUGACGCCCGAGGCCUUCCCUCGCGUGCGGAAAAUGCGACUCAGCUUCUCUGGUAUAUCCCGUAUCUCCAACCUCGCGACACUGCAUAACCUAGAGGUACUCUAUCUCGAUAACAACUACAUCGAUAAAAUCUCGAACCUCGAGUGUCUUCCGAAUCUCAUGUGGCUUGAUCUAUCCUUCAAUCAAAUCACCAAGAUCGAAGGUCUUGAGAAGUUACCCAAAUUGCAGGACUUGUCGCUCUUCAACAACCUCAUCACGGAGAUCAGCGGUUUAGACGGCUGCCCGGAGCUUACUGUCCUAUCCCUUGGACGUAACCGUAUUAGAGAUCUGCGCCAUGUCGAGUAUUUGCGAAGAUUCAAGAAGCUGCGCUGCUUGUGUUUAGCUGGGAACCCUAUUUGCGACUCCAUCAGCUAUCGACAGCAUAUCUAUGCGUAUCUUGGACAACCUGGUCGCCUCAAGUACCUAGACUAUAUGCUAAUUGACCACACUGAGGCACAGACAGCAGCCGAGACCUAUCAUGUUGAUGAUCUUGCGGAACUGAAAGAGAGAGAGGUAGUUUUGGAUCGCAAGUACGAAGAAGAAGAGCGCAAAGCGAGGAAGAAACCGAAGGUUUCAGCGUAA